ACGGAUUUUUCAGAAGAAAGUCAAGGCCUUUCUUUCAUUUCACAGAAAUUAACCGAUCGUAAUCUCACUUGUCCGUGUCGUGGGAUUUGUCUUGCCACUACACUUGAACACGGAGAAACCUUGAUGGAACUUGAAUCAGUUCAGUGAGAGAGACUCCGAAACUUGGAACAGUUUAGAGCGAGAGAGAGAGAGAGAGAGGGGGAGGGACGGGAAAUGGAAGAGAUACAGGAACCUCCAACCAGAAUAAUGGUCGCCGUUAAUCAGUCCUCCAUUAAAGGGUAUCCUAGCCCAUCGAUCAGCAGCCGAAAUGCAUUAGAAUGGACCCUAAAGAAGAUCGUGAGGCCUACUUGCAGGUCUGAGUUCAAGCUCCUCUUCUUGCACGUUCAAGUCCCUGAUGAAGAUGGGUUUGAUGAUAUGGAUAGCAUUUAUGCCUCGCCUGAAGAUUUUCGGGACAUGAAACAUAGAGAUAAAAUACGGGGAAUUCACUUGCUAGAGUAUUUUGUUUCACAAUGUCAUGACCUUGGGAUAGCUUGUGAAGGAUGGAUUAAGAAAGGUGAUCCAAAGGAAGUUAUCUGCCAUGAGGUGAAGAAUGUUCGACCUGACAUUUUGGUCGUUGGAUGUCGUGGACUUGGCCCUUUCCAGAGGGUAUUUGUGGGAACAGUGAGUGAAUUCUGCUCGAAGCAUGCUGAAUGCCCUGUGCUCGUUGUCAAACGCAAGCCAGAUGAGACUCCUCAAGAUCCUGUCGAUGAUUGAAUGCCUCUGUAAACUUUGAAACCUCUAGUGGACACAUUGUGCCUUGUUAUCUGUAAAGAAUAUUGAGAUCACAUCAGACAACCUAAAAACUAAGUAAAUAAAAUUGUUUUGUUCAUUUCCUCUUCUUAUUUAUGUGCACGUGUAACUGCAAUGAAAUAUUUUUGCC